AUGGAUGACAGCGGACCUCUGUACAAUGUGCGCAUGAAGCGCGGCCAAGGCUAUAAUUCCUACAUCCAAGAAGUUCGCAUCGACAAUGCCGUCACAAUCACGCGGUUUCCAGAGAACCCGGUGCGGACGAGCGCUUCGAUCAGCGAAGCCGACACCCUGUCGCCUGAGCACACGAGAAGUGAUUCGGUGUCGAAAGCUGCGCCGGCGUCGGCGACGAAACCACCUCUCGAAAUGAACGAUAUCCUGGCGACGUUGACCGAGAGCUUGAAGAAAACCAGUGCCCCCGAAAUUCCACAGCAGCCGAAACUGCCGUACCUGCUCAAACUCGAUCCCAACGCUCGGCAUAACCAGACCGUGACCUUCUCGUCGAAACAGGUCAAGAGCAUUGUGGAGAUGAACAAUGCCAUGGGCUUUAAUGCUUCAGCCGCGAUUAAAGCUACGAGCCUAGGUCCUGGAGCAGAGGCUCGAAGCAGCCUUGCCACUCGGGACGACCUCAAUACCAACGACGUCAACUUCCUCGUCCACGUCAAGGUCGUCAAUGAGGCCGACGAUCGUAAGGAAGAAUGGUCGUUCAACGAGGUCCCCGGACUGAAUGAAGCGCUCGGAGACGACAAGGACCCAGGUGUAAUGAAGGAUGCACAUUCCAGAAGCGUGGAAUUCACCCGCAUCUACGGCGACUGCUUCAUCUCCGACUUCGUCGAGGGAGGCGAGAUCUACGCCUGGGUGGGCAUCAAGUCGCAAGACCGCAAGAACUCUCGACAACUGGCCGUCCAUGCGUCGGCGCAGUUGACCCCCAUGGGUCUCCCAGUGCAAGCUUCGGGGGAAAUGGAUGCUUCGCAGGAACGCAAUCGGCUGUUUUCUCAAGCCACGACCUCGAUCCGCAUCCAGUGGCGCGGCGGCGGCCAGAUCAAGAAUCACGACUUCCCCUGGGGCAUGGACAGUCUGAUCCUGAUCGCCAAUGCGUUUCCGUCGAUGGUGGCGGCGAAACCCGCAAAGAUCCGCGCCGUCUUGACCCCGUACACGGCCCUGAAGAGUUUCCACGACCACCGGCUGUCGAACCCGCGAAUACCGCUGCCGCUGACCUAUGACCACUGUGCCAUCUACACCAGCACGCUGUACGAAGACUUCAUGGCCUUUCAGGAUCUGUGUGAGAAGCUGAACGCCAUGAUCAAGGACCCCCAGGACUUUCGGAACCGUGACGACGACAAAGCCUCAAAGGAUAUACAAAAGGCGGCUCUGCAGAGUGGAGAUGCGAUCGCGACGACACGGCGACCUACCAUCGACUUUGGCACGUCGGAAAUGGAUGACCCGACGUCAGAGGCCUGGACAGACAAGAAGACCCGGGCACUGAUGAACCUCGAUGUCAUCCUUCGAGAUCCAACACCCAAGCUCACCAGCAUGGACCCGGACCCGCAGAAGCUCAGCAUGAUGAGACUGCUGUGUCGCUCUUCGAUGAUCUACAUCCAGGAGCAGGCCGCCGGGCUCGUGGUCGAUCCCGCGAGGUCAAUCACCAAACACGACGACCAGGGCCGGCACGUGUACAGUCUUCCAAAGUACAUCUGCCCCGGCGUCAUUCAGAGUAUAUUGCCCAUCCCCAAAUUUGACAACAGUGGAAGCGAGUGGCGAGACAAGGAAAUCGCCGACUUACAAGGCGUCGAGCAUAUCAGGAACGACCCAUUGAAUUACUCGUGGGAUGUGAUCGGAGAGCCCCUAUCUCCGUAUAAGAGUCACGAGCAUUUCGCCAUUGGAAAUUUCGACCUCGACGACGAAGAAUACCCCCAGCGAGUCGCCGUACAGCCGUUUACUGCCGGGUGGUAUCACAGCCGGCGUAUCCGGGACAGUCACAACGCCAUUAGCGGCAUCGGGCUCGGGUACGCGAACAAAAAGGCUGUUUGUCACCGCAACUGCAAAUCCGUCGAGGCAGAGGAGUCCGGGGGCGUCAGGAACGCCAGCGCGGAAGAGCGAGCGACCAUGUUCGCCAACAUGUACGUCGGGUGCAAGCCCGCGGGGGACCGCUGGAAACAGAUCGAAGACCGCAGCCUCAGCGCCUCGUCCAUCAACCGCGUCAACGUCUACUAUCGUCCCGGCGCCAACCGCAUCGCCGGCAUCGAGCUCCUAUCUGACCCCAACCCCGCCGAUUUCAACGAUGACUCGAAACGCGUGACACCCGUCUUCAUCCACAAAGCGUGGGACCCCGACGCGACCGCACAGAGCAGUGUGACAGCGAAACUGCCGGAUAAGAUGGACAUGCAGGCGCUGUACCCGGGGGACAAUGUCCUGGACGAGAACAUGGACAAGAACUGGAUGUUUGCCGGAUUUAUGGGCGCGUUUGAAAAGGUCGGGCCUCCGGGCAUGGGGCGGUUCAAGACCGGCAGGGUUUUGGUCAAGGUUGCGGUCACAUGGACACAUCUUCUGACCAUCUACACGAAAAUCCUGCCCUUGGAACACGGGCAACCUGCUGCGAAUAACCCUCCCUUGACUUUUCAGGAUCUUGGUGUUAUCGAGUCGCUAUGCGAGGCCUGCGAUUCUCUUGGCUAUCGAGCACCUACACCUAUCCAGGCACAGGCUAUCCCACUGGCGCUCGAAGGAAGAGACCUUGUCGCCCUUGCUGAGACAGGAAGUGGCAAAACAGCAGCAUAUGUCUUGCCCGUCUUGCAGGCCCUGUUGGAUCAACCACAGCCACUACACUCUCUGAUUUUUGCGCCAACCAGAGAACUUGCACACCAGAUCGCCGACGUUGUUGAAACGCUAGGUGCUGUCAUAUAUGUCCGGUGUGUUGUCCUGAUUGGGGGCGCAGACAUGAUGUCGCAGGCCAUAGCACUGGGGAAGAAACCAUACAUCUUGGUCGCAACGCCAGGCCGUUUACUGGACCACUUGGAAAAUAGUAGAGGGUUCUCACUACGACUCUUGAGAUAUUUGAUCAUCGACGAGGCGGACAGGCUCCUGGAUCUUGAUUUCGGGCCAAUCUUGGAUAAGAUCCUGAAAAUCCUACCGCGUAGACGGACCUUGUUAUUCUCUGCGACAUUAUCGAGCAAAGUCGAAGCUCUACAACGAGCUUCUUUGUCGAAUCCUCUCCGAAUCUCCGUGUCCUUGGAAAAUCAGACUGUCGCGACACUUCUUCAGUCGUACAUUUUCAUUCCCCACAAGCAUAAAGAUGUGUACUUGGUACAUCAACUCACUGACAUGGCAGGACGGACAGGUAUUAUAUUUACACGAACGGUCAACGAGGCUCAGCGAAUAUCUAUGAUGCUCCAGAGUCUGAAUUUCUCGGCCACGCCUCUUCAUGGCCAGCUUUCACAGAGAGCGCGGUUUGAAGCGUUGAACAAAUUUCGACGCGGAUCUCGAAAUUUACUCGUGGCUAGCGACGUCGCAGCCCGCGGACUUCACAUACCUUCGGUCGAUAUCAUCCUGAAUUAUGACCCUCCUCACGACAGGAAAACCUAUAUUCAUCGGGUCGGCAGGACUGCCCGUGCUGGGAAACGCGGUACAGCUCUAUCCCUCGUCACACAGUAUGAUGUCGAGCUGUGGCUAAGAAUAGAAGGCUCGUUGGGUCAGAAAUUAGAGGAGUAUUCAAUCGUCAAAGAAGAUGCCAUGAUGCUCUCUCAACGCGUCGGUGACGCUCAACGGAGUGCCGCGCUCCAGAUGAAGGAACUUCACGGGAAUAGAGGGAACCCAGGUGCCAAUCUCCGCCGUCGAAGAGUUCACAAACAGAAAGAUCAUGAUAACAUGGACCUGGAUGAGGGUUGA